AUGGCCAUAGGCAGCGCGGUUGGCAAUGCUGCCGUGGUUGUCGGGAACCAUGUCGUAAAAACAGCAAAGACCAGCUUAAACAGCUUGCCUGAGACCAUCAAGAGUGCCGCGAACCACAUCGGGGAACAUGCGGUGGGUGUGGCGGCAGGUGCCGUCGGCGCAGUGCCGAUUGCAGGAGAGAUGGUGGUAGACACAACCGUUGAUCUUGCAGGAACGGCGCUUGCCCAUGCCGAAGAUUCCCUCCAGGGUUUGGGAAGGUUGGCUACAAGGUUGGCCGAGACAGCCUGGAACGAGAUCAAGAAGAUUGUCGACUGUCUGAAAGAAAUGGUUUCCUUGUGUUCAAUCUUGAUCGGUGACCAGUGUGACUGCAACGGUGGCAGCCAUGUCACAAUCGCGACAGACCACUUCUCCGUGCGUUGUGUCUUCCAGACUACCUCCGAGUUUUCCAAAGGCUUCGGGAUAAAUGCAGUUCGACAGAACAAGAUGGACGGCACGACCCUUGAGGGUCUUCACGUAUUGCCUGGGGAUGAGUUCGUGGAAGCUUAUAAGACGGCAGGCCAGGUGUUGAAGAGCCAGGACGCACUGAAGGACGAGACGACGUCAGGAACCUCGAGCUCGUGUGAGACGGCUUUGGAUGUUGCUAUCGAUGGCAUUGUCCAGUUCUCACCAGAUGUGACUUUUACCGUUUAUGACAGCGGAACGACCGUGUUCUCAAUCAGUGGGAUGGUGCGCACAUCCGUUCAAGCUCUUGUCGAGGCGCAAGGCAGCUGCUCCUUCAAGGCCAUGAGAGGAUUUCCGGAUCCUCCCAAGAAGAAGGUCAUUUGUGGGGGCAAGUUUUGCAUCGUAAUCAUGCUUCAGAUGGUUGCAGAGCUGAACUUGGAGGGUACACUGACGGGAACACUCGAAGUGAGCACCGAAGCGGACUUCGAAAUCGCGGGCACGGUGCGUGUUACGUCGAAUGGUCACGCAGAUGUGGACAUGAAUACGCCAGGGAUCGCGCACAAGCAAGGCUUCGCGAUCGGAGCCAGUGCUACGGCAUCCGCGAGGGUGAGUAUGGGACCGGUUCUCACGAUCUGGCCAGUGCCAGGUAUUCCUAUCACUGUCAGGCCUAUGGUGCAUGCUGAGGCCAAAGCCCAAGGCACGCUGAACUACGAGUCAGCGGGCCAUGGCCUUCUCUUCGUCGAGGAGUCUGAUCAAGUUUCCGCCGCGGACGCGUCUAACUCGAGUUUGAACAUGACAUCGAAUACGCUGCAGAUGUGCGGGGCAGCCGCCCUCAACAUCUAUGCCGACGUUGACGUCACGGGCUUCGCGCUACCAGCUAUUUUCAGAUCUCACUUCGACAGCGACGUCCUCGUGGAAGAGCUCACUAGAGCCGUCACGGCCAGUGCUGAUGCCUUGGUCCGAACCAUAGUGGGGCCACUCCAGUGCAUGCCGGGUGCCAACACAGUUGCAGCGGUAGUUGAACGGAUCAGGGCCGCGGCUCGAGCGGCAGCAGACCACAUCAGCGCACUCAUCCCGACCAUUGACUUUGACUUGGGCCUACCAUCGAUCCAGCUGCUCUCCCCCAAGAAGCUCUUCUGCAAGGAGGUCUACACGACUCCCGACGACUUCGAGUCUGCACCCUGCGCAGCAGAGCUUGGGUGCAAGCACGCCGGCCGUAGGCCUCCACCUGGGGAAGAGCUCCCGGAACCCGAACAAGUGACAAGUCGCGACACGAGGGCCUCUGGGACCGGCACAUGCCCGGCACUCGUCAUGGGAGAUCGGUUCAUUCAACUUGGGAACACGUGGCGAUUGUGCGACAUUGAUGGCGUCCACUUCGUUCUGCAGCACAAUAACCCCCGCGAGGUCCCGAUUGUGUGGCGGAACGAUGGGAGAACUUUCUGGCGGCCCUGGGAACUGAACUCCCAUUGGAGUCAGAAGGCUUGGGCUGAGUGCUGGAGCAGGGCAUCCGGGCCCUCCAAAGGGAUCUCGUUCGGCUUCCAGUUCAUCCAGAUCGGGGAGUUCCGUAUUGGUGCCAACGAUGAUGAUCACUUCAGCGUGGGUCACAGCAGUCACACAUGCCCCCAGACUUGGCGGGGCCACGACACCUCAGUGCACCAUGGGACCGGGUGGGACAUCUUCGACCGUGGUGAAGGGUUUCCGACAGGCGUCACCUUCGGAGAUAGGUUCGUACAGGUGGGCAAAAUGCGAUUCGGUGCAUCUGACGACAACCACUUCACUUUCUUCUUCACCCCCACUGGCCGGAGCAUGGAGAUUUUCCGAGGCCACGACGGGACUCGGCACGCAGGCAACAGCUACUGGAAUCAUCAUAAUCAUAUGGUCCACAGAUUGCCCGCCCACUGGACCUGCCCCGACUUCGCCGAGAAGGCGUAUGGAAAAUGCAAUCCAGAGUUCGGACAUUGGGGCGAUCGCUUUAUUCAAAUCGGAAAGUGGCGCCUGGCAGCCAUAGACGCGAACAACCUCAGCAUCUCUCACAAGGACGGGAAGACGGCCCAAGUCUACCGUAACGAUGGCCAUAUCCUUUCCGGUCCGCGCACCGAUUACAGUGCCUGGGACAGACCCAUCGGGUUUCCUCACGGCAUCGCCUUCGGGCCAAGCUUCAUCCAGAUCGGCAACUUCCGCAUCGCAGCUAUGGACCACAACCACAUGAGCAUCACUCACAUAUCAGGGCCGACAGCUCAGGUCUUCAGGGGGCAUGAUGGCUCCCUGCAUCCCAACGUGCCGCACGCCUGGAAUGCAUGGAGCUUGCGAGCCGGGCCAGCAACAGGAGUGACGUUCGGGGACAGGUUCAUACAGCUUGGGGAGUUUCGAAUCGGUGAAGGUGGCUCCCUAUACGUGACCCACACAGGCUACAACAAAAGCCCUCAGAUUUUCAGAGCGGACGGCCAGCUGGUCUCUGGGACACAGCAUCACUACGCCCAUAUUGUCAACGAUCGGCAUGCUAUGUGGCAUUGUGGUGGCAUCCAGGGAAUUAUGGGGACAUGCCCGGGGAUAACAGUAGGUGACGGCUUCCUGCAAAUUAGCGACUGGCGACUCGCGGGAAGGGAUGAGCGCCACUUCUCAUUCUCCCACCGCAGCAUCCACACUCCCCUGCUCUGCACUUCCGACAGUCUCGCCCACUCUGGCCCGCGAAGGGACUGGCACAGCUGGCACCUUGAGGCGAACAAUGCCAACACCGUAAAGUUCGGAGAUCGCUUUAUCCAAUUUGGCCACUGGUGGCGCUUGGGUGAAUGGGAGCUUAACGGGCGGCACUUUGUCCUCAUCCACCGGAACUACAAAGUUCCGAUCGUUUGGCGCGACGACGGCACAGUUCACAACGGACCCGUUCCUACCUGGGAGCCAACCAGUAGCAGGGUGGCCAGCGAAUUGAAUUUGUUCCGACGAGCCAUUGGUGCACCAAGUGGCAUCGCCUUCGGACAUGGCUUCGUGCAGAUUGGCAAGUGGCGAAUUGGAGAUGUGGACAGCCACCACUUCUCCAUCACUGUGAGCGGCCAAACCGCAGAGGUCUUUACGGCCGAUGCAAGGCGACACUCUGGCCCGCGGACAGAUUGGACGACUUUCGGUCGUCCCAUCUCGGACUGUCAGGUCGUGCCGAGCGAUUUCUAUUGA